UGCGGUUGGCUUGGCAACGACUAUAGCUAAAUAUCGACUGCAUUUCUGGAAGACUCGUUAACAGAAGAAUUGUUGUGUCUUUUCGUCUUCAACCAGACAUCGCCGAACACCACGAUCUUUGUUGUGUGAAUUGCUUAUGAUGAUUGAUUCCACUUUAAGUUCUCUGGGUGCAAAAGUUGUCCUCGCCGCAUCCAGCGAUGAGAACCACCCUCCAGAAAACAUCAUCGACGGAAACACUAGUACGUUUUGGAUGUCCACCGGGAUGUUUCCUCAAGAGUUUGUCAUUCGUUUUGCUGAACCCACGACGGUUGCUGCUGUGACAAUGGACAGCUACAAUGUAAAACAUCUAAAGAUUGAAAAGAAUACAUCACAAAAUGCUUCUCAGUUUGAGCCUGUUACAGAGAAAGAAUUUGAACACACUGAGGGACAUCUUCAGUCAAAUGCUAUUUCACUAAACGGCAGUCGUGCAACUCAUCUUCGUUUUCUCAUCAUCUCCGGAUACGAUCACUUUGUCUCAGUGCACAGAGUGAGUGUAAAAAACUGAUGCAUUUAAUUGUGAUUGUUGCAAAUUAAAUCCUUCUAAUGUGCA